AUAAAUACGUAAGGCUGGAUCCGCUUUGGGGCUUCAGGUCUUCAGGUGUUCAUGUGUGGCUGUGGUCUGGAGGUGACCAUGUUUCAGACUGUGCUCUGCUCUCUGCUCUGCUUCACACACAGCUUCUCCAUCACCUGGAACACGAUUGAUAAGAAUGAAGAAUCCUCAGGGAACAGUAUCGAGGAGGACGCCGACCUAAGCAUCUCCACUCUGCUGGAAAAGGCCAAUAAGAAUCUAGGGAAGAGCUUAGAUGAUGAUGACCCCCUGGUGGUGGAGGGAGACAUUGCAGUUCCGUAUGGGCUGCAGAAUGCUGACCCGUGCACUGCGCGGGGUUGUCUCUGGCCCAAAGCCAGUGAUGGCAAUGUAUAUGUGCCCUACCGCAUCUCCAACCAGUACUCUCAGAGAGAGAGGAACACCAUCACAGAUGGCCUGCGCUCCUUCGCCCGCUCCACCUGUGUGCGCUUCACUCCUGUCAACAGACAGAGGGACUUUGUGGACAUCCAGUCUCGUGGAGGGUGCUACUCGUUCGUGGGGCGGCGUGGGGGGGCACAGGUGGUCUCUCUGGCACGACAGGGCUGUGUGUUCCAGUCCACCAUCCAACACGAGCUGCUCCACGCUCUGGGCUUCAACCACGAGCAGACCCGCUCUGACAGGGACACGCAUGUCAGGAUCCUGCUGCAGAACGUCAUAAGUGGUAUGGAGUUCAACUUCAGAAAGAUCCAGACCAGAAACCUGGGCACCUCCUAUGACUACAACUCAGUCAUGCACUAUGGAAGGUUUGCCUUCUCCAGGAACCGGCAGCCCACCAUCAUACCCAUCCCCAACCCCAACGUGGCCAUAGGGAGGGCCACCCAGAUGAGCCCCACAGACAUCCUACGGGUCAACCGCCUCUACAACUGCAAUUCAACUUCUUUUGAGAAUGAUGUCUUACCCAUUGAAAGAAACAUUUUCUUGUAGAUUUAAAUGAAGAGAAUUGGAGCAAACCUCGAAGAACUGAAGUGAGACCCAACCUGCUGAUUAAAUCUAACACACUUUGAUUCUGCUUCUUUGAAAUAUGCUUGUGUCUAAUCUUACUUUAUUGUGCAUGCUGAAGAAACAUGAUGAAACAAAUGCCUACUUCUUGUCAACAAUGUGAAAAUAAAGUGUUUAUGAAUCAUGAUACAAA